UUCUCCAGAAACGCAUUUCUCGGCGGCGGCGCUCGCCUUCCUCUCGCCCCCUUUCCGAGCAGGACACGGGAGGAUCCUCAGCCGAGGAUGAAGUCCUCCUUCGCCGUCCUGCUCCUGAUGGCGGGAGCUGUGAGGAGCGUCAUGCCGGCGCAGGACGACGAGCCUCUACUCUACCCCUAUGGUCUGGACCAGCAUGACCACAAAAAUCCUAAGCUCGAUGAUGGGGCAUCGAAGAAGCUCUCCCUCUCCGUACCCUUCACUUUCUACGGCAAGGAGCACCGGUCCCUUUAUGUGAACAACAAUGGCGUGAUCUCCUUCAGCUCCCGGGUCAACCAGUACACCCCUGACCCCUUCCCCCUGGCCGACGGGCGCACUUUCGUCGCGCCGUACUGGGGGGACGUGGACAACGUGCUGGGCGGGGAGGUCUUCUACCGUGAGACCACGGAGCCAGCACUGCUCCAGCGCAUCACCAAGAGCAUCAACCAAUACUUCCCUACGAUCCCCUACACUGCCACGUGGGCUUUUGUGGCCACCUGGGACCAUGUGGCCUAUUACGGCUCCACCAGCAACAAGGGAAACACCUUCCAAGCCGCCCUGACCACCGACACCAAAAUGUCCUUCAUCAUCCUCAAUUACGCCGACAUCCAGUGGACUUCCGGGUUGGCGAGCGGUGGCGACCCUGACACAGGUCUUGGAGGCACCCCAGCCCACGCCGGCUUCAACAGCGGCGACGAAAGCAACUUCUACAACAUCCCCGGCUCCCGCACGGAGGCCAUCAUCAACAUCACGAAGACCUCCAACGUCAACGUGCCGGGGCGCUGGGUCUUCCAGGUGGACAAGUUCAAGGUGACGGGGGUGCCCACCGAGGAGCCCAAGAUUCCCGACAGCAAAAGUUGCUGGCUGUAAGUUGUGUUUUUGAGGGGCUGGGCCGAGAAAAAAAAGGAGGGAGGAUUGCAAAAACUGGGACGCGGGACCCCCGUUUCACCUUCUCCGAAGUCGUUUUGGCCACCAUUCCCCGGCUCGGAUGAGCCCUGCUUCCUUCCUGCAGAUAAAACCGGCACAUCCAAAUGGGAGGGACCGUCUCCGCUCUCCCCCCACCCCCCGAGGGAGGGAGCCGCACGGCUGGAUGUGACGACCUGUAGCAGAGC